GAAGUUGUCCAAUUAGAGACAACUGAGAUGGCAACUUCCAUGAUGAGAGGAAGAAGAGAGAACUGAUAUGAGAAGGCAACUUCCAUGACAAGUUCUUGGUUAGUCUUUAAAUACAGGUUAAAUGGACUAGUGUCUUUACUCAGAAAAGAGAUCAGACUAAAACAACCCACAAAGAUUGAUUUUGUAAAAUGGAAAUAGCCCAAGCCUUUGAUAUUUUUCCUCUAAAUGAUGCCCACUUCCCACCUUUCUUGGGCAAAAAUGAAGAAGAUGAGACUAUGCUACUCUUAGAUGCUGCAUUUGCAGAAGAAUUGCAGUUCCAGGAGGCUUUGAAGGCCUCUCUGAUCACUUGUCAAAUGCCAACUUCUGGGACAAGUGCCAAGCCAUCGGUUCAUGUGGAAGUAAGAGGAGAAUCCUCUAUGGGUUUCUGCGAAAAUUGCCUGGGGAAAAAAGAAAAUGAUCAGCUGAUCAAGAAUGGGAACUGUCGUCACCCAAUUUGCUUGGAAUGUAUAAGCAAGCAUGUGGAGGCAAAGAUCAAAUUGGGCAUGAAGACUUUUACAUGUCCAGGCUUGAACUGUGAAUGUGUCUUACAAUUGGAGACAUUUAAGAAUGUUCUCUCGAAGGAUGUGCUCAACCUGUGGGAAAAGGCACUGUCUACGAAGCUGGUUCCAAAACUUACUUGCAGGUCAGUGCAUUUUAUAGUUGAAAAUGCAGCAUUUACUUGGGUUGGUUUUUGGUGUUGGUAGUGAUGUUAAUUAGUAUCGUUUUAUUCGGAUGAGCUAGAUCUUGUUGA